UCUGAUCUGACGAAUAUAUUCUGCGACAUCUCGCUGAACGAAGUAAGUCGUUCAUAUGACGUUAGCCAGCGAGCUAACCCGGUUUUUGUUAUUUUUGUGCAUGCAGUUUCCUCAUCUCAAAUAAGUCUCACCCGCAGGAUGAUUGACACAGAGAGGGAAGCUGCGCACGCAGAAGCCAGCAGUAAGAACAAGGAGACUGAAAAAAAGAAGAGGUCGCGUGUGAAACAGCUGCUGGGUGAUGUGAAGAGGCAAGUGGACUUCUGGUUCGGAGACGUCAACCUUCAUAAGGACCGUUUUCUUAAAAAACUCAUCGAUGAGUCAGAGGAUGGAUAUGUUGAUAUAUCUGUGUUGGCGAGCUUCAAUCGAAUGAAGAAGCUGACAAGUGACACCAAGCUGAUUGCCAGAGCGAUAAAAAAUUCAUCUGUAGUUGAGGUUAACCUCGAGGGAGAUAAAGUAAGGCGUCAGCUUCCAAUUGGAGAUGUACCGAAUGAUGUCGACGAUCGCACAGUCUAUGUGGAACUCUUGCCCAAAGAUGUGACGCACAGCUGGAUAGAGAGAGUGUUCACUAAAUGCGGGAAUGUGGUUUACGUUAGCAUCCCGAGAUACAAGACCACUGGUGACCCCAAGGGUUUCGCCUUUAUCGAGUUUGAGACGGAGGGACAAGCACAGAAAGCCAUAGAGAUGCUGAACAACCCCCCUGAAGAUGCUCCCCGGAAGCCAGGGAUUUUCCCCAAGACGAAAAGUGGGAAGCCCAUCCCUCUACCAGCCGACAAUCCACCAUCAGGUGAAGAAGAGGACAAGAAAAAGAGGAAGAGGAAGAAAAAGAAAGAAGGCGCCACACUACAGACUUCUGCUGAAGAAUCCAAAGAGCGAGAGAGGGAAGCAGAACCAUCGGAGCUAAAGAGGAAGCGCUCGGCGGCGGGGGAUUUUGAAUCGGAUGUCGCUGCCACUCUGAAGACCUCGGAGAAAAAAAGACGACGGUCCCAGACGGCAGAGGGAUCCGAAAGUGACGUGCCGUCUAAGAUGAGGAGGAUGAGUGAAAGUGAAGCUGGAGAGAAGGAGAAAGAUUUAACUAAGCCUCAUACGCCCACUAAAAGUGACACGGAGAGAGGUGUUGAAGAAGGGAAAGAAAACCGAGAUGAUUCAGCAGUUAAAGCAAAGAGGAAGAGGAAAAAGAAACACAAGGAAAAACUGAAGAUAGGGGAAGAAGUUAUCCCACUCCGGGUUCUGUCCAAGAAAGAGUGGCUCGAGUUGAAGGACGAGUAUCUGACGUUGCAGAAGCGCAGCAUGAAGUCCUUGAAGAAGUGCAUCAAUAAGAUCGAUCACAAGGAGCACAAGAGUCUCGUGGAGACGGACCGGGAUCCUCAAGAUGUUGAGAAGAGUACGAAAAGUGAGAAAGAGACGACCCAAGGCCCUCAGUUCACCAGCGGUGUCAUCAUGAAGAUUACAGACGGCAAGCCGCUGCCAGCGAGGAAGUUCCUCAAGGAUGCUCUGUGCAAAAUAUCCCCAGUAGCUUACAUUGACACCUUGGACGGAGACACCGAGGGUCACAUCCGCUUUCACACCCCUGAAGACGCGAAAGCCGUCAGCGACGCCAGAGCAGAGCUGCAGAAAGAGCACAGCUGGAAGGUCGAGAUCCUCGCAGGGGACCAUGAACAACGGUACUGGCAGAAGAUCCUAGUGGACCGCCAAGUCAAGCUCAAUCGCCCGAGGGAAAAGAAGAGAGGCACAGAGAAGCUCAUAUCCAAAGCCGAAAAAAUCAUCCUCGCCCGGGCCAGAGAGGCCCAUAAGCACAUCCGUUUCCAAGAAGACUGACAGCUGCUGACAGCCGUACAUGUUUAACUGUGUGGACUUUACAUGAUGUGAUUGGAAAGGGGACAGUUGAUGUUAAUGCGUAGCUAACUGGAAGAGAACUGAAUGUGUAACAAGUUCAAAUGUCCCCUCAUUUGUUUGUUUGCACUGGAGCUGCUACGCAUAUAGACAGUUUGGCAACAUUUUGUUAUUUUUAAUUGCUAACAGAAAGAUUCUGUGUAUGAUAUGAAUAUGAUUGGAGAGUUCUCCCGGUAAAGACGUGUCCAAGUCACGGCAUUUCCUUUUGAGGAUAUUUGCCUUUUUGUUUUUGAAUAAAAUGCCAUUCUUUGAUUAUUA